AUGCAGCGCUUGGCCGUCGUUAUGGCUGUACUUUUGGUGCUCACGAAAUCACAAGACGAUCAGCGCCUGGGCUUUGCGGAUACGCUGCGCAGUCUGUUCGACGGCCAGAAUGGGAUCAGCUAUGAACAGCUAAAAAACGCGGCCGUCAACUUUAUCGGCUCGGGGAAUAGCACGGUGGUACAAGGGCUGCGCGAUAUGGUGCUGGGGAAAACUACUGACGCGCAACUUGGCAACAAAAUCGAAGACGUCAAGGAGAAUCUCUCAGAAAAGGGGAAAUCUGCACUGGAGCAGAUCAUGUCCUUCCUGGGCGACUCUAACCAUUCGGAUUCCUUCGUCCAUGAUAUGGUCCGCCGCGUGCUUGGCCAGCAAUCCGGCCAAGAUCAGUCAAUGCUGAACCAACUCCUCUUCGGCAAA